GGAGAAAUGCCGCCCUUGGCUAUGGCGGCAUUUCCAUCGCCUCGCGGAUUCUGGAAGCCGAGCUCGUCGCAUCGGCAGGGGCAAUGGCGUGGCUUUUGCGGGAGAAUGGCGCUGGAUCUCGACGAGCAGGCGAGGAUUUCGCUCUCCCGCGCUUGCAAAUCCGCCGGCAUCGCCGUCGUCGCGCUCUUCUUCUCGGCCGGGGUAAGCCUGAGUGAAAAUCCCGCCCUAGCGGCGCCGGCAGUGGUGGAAUCAUCGUCAGUGAGGGAAGAUUGCGCGUCUUCUUCUCCACCGGGAGGGAUUCCCGACGCCUCGUCGAGCUUGGAGGUAACGGAUGAGUCUCUUGUGGAAUCGGCAUGGGAGCUCGUCAAUGAUUUCUAUCUUGAUGCUAGGCACCACAAGUGGUCACCGGAUUUGUGGCUGGCUCAGAAAGAAAAGGUGUUUCAGAGGCCAUUCCAGAAUCGAAAGGCUGCGUACUCGGCAAUCAGAGAAAUGCUUGCCACACUCGACGAUCCAUUUACUCGAUUUCUAACUCCCGAUGAGUUUUCCCAAACCUCAAAGUACGAUAUCACAGGCGUGGGCUUGAAUAUCGGAGAGGUACCGGAUGAAAAUGGACAAAUCCAGCUUAGAGUUCUCGGUAUUGUUCUUCAAAGCCCAGCCGAGCUGGCUGGAAUUCAGCAGGGUGACGAGAUACUUUCAGUGGAUGGAAAUAGUGUGGCUGGAAAAUCGGCCUUUGCGGUUUCAUCUGAGAUCCAAGGACGCAAACGGACUCCUGUUUCAGUCGAGGUUCGACGGUCUCAAUGUGGAGACGUCCAAAGUUACGUGCUCUAUCGCCAGCAAGACUUGCGAAGCCCUGUUUUCUACCGUUUAGAGCGUUCUGAUGUCGCUAAUGAGCGCCGCGGCUACGUUCGGCUCAAGGAGUUCAAUGCCUUGACAAAGCGGGACCUGGUCACCGCUUUGAUGAGAUUGCAAGCCUCAGGUGCUUCAUCGUUUGUUAUUGACUUGAGAGACAACUUGGGUGGCCUCGUCCAAGAAGGUAUUGAAGUGGCCAAGUUGUUUCUGGACGACGGGGAAACCGUUAUAUACACCACAAGGAGAAAUAAUGCGUCAUUACAAAGUAUUGUAGCUAAAGGCCAACCUUUCCUGCGAGCGCCCCUCGUCGUUUUAGUGAACAACCGGACAGCCAGUGCGAGUGAAAUUAUGGCCGCUGCUCUCCAUGACAACUGUAGAGCUGUUUUAGCUGGUAGCAGGACAUUUGGGAAAGGCCUGAUUCAGUCUGUGUUUGAGUUCAACGAUGGCUCUGGUGUAAUCUUGACUGUUGGGAAAUACAUGACACCUGCACACAGGGAUAUUGAUGGGAAUGGUUUGGAACCAGAUUUCUGGAGAAUGCCAGGCCACCUUGAAGUGGAGCAGAAGUUGAGAGCUUGUCUUUCAAAAAAGGCAUCAUGAAAUUCUUGCUAGCGCUAAAAACAAGAGGAAAAGAAAGAAGAAAAAGCAAAUGAAAUUUACUUUUUGUAUUUGAUCUGUUCAAUCGAUCGAUCAAAAAAAUAAAAAGUACAAACUCUUUUAA